GGAAACCAACAGAAAGAAACUUCAGUUUGUGAUCAUGUUUAAAUGGAUCCAUGUCUUGUGUGUCUCAGUCUGAUAGAGGAGGUGAAGCGUCCUCUCGUGAAAAGGACUCUGGGAGUUCUGCAGGUCACCAAGUCUCGAAUCCUGAGAUCCUGGAGAGAACUGGACGCCGACAUCACCGUGGUCGCCAACGAGGCCAAAGACAACGUGAAGUAUCUCUACACUCUGGACAAGUUCUUUGGACCUCUGGGGAAAUGCACUCUGGUGAGAAGAGACUCCUCUUGUCUUUAUAAAGUCUCUGGAUUCAAACCAACGACACUUUGCUCUGUGAACCUGAACACCCAAAACCUGAAUGAGACCAGCAUCCUGGAGCACAUCCCCGGUCUGAUGACCAGCAUCAGGAUGAUCCACACUGUGUCCCAGCACUACAACACCUCUGAGAGGAUGACCUCCCUGCUGCUCAAGAUCACCAACCAGAUGAUCACCACCUGCAGGAGCUACCUGUCUCAGGGUGUGACCCGGAUCUGGGACCACAGCAGGCCCGUGCUCCUGCAGCGUGUCUCAGACUGCUGUAAGCUGAAUGUGGAGUAUCAGAGGAGCUUCCAUGCCGUCAGAGACAAGCUGAGAGAAAACCCUGAUAACAGACAGUUUGACUUCAGUGAGAACUACAUCUUUGGGAAGUUUGACGCGUUCUGCCGGCGUCUGGAGAAGAUCGCUGACAUGGCGUCCACGCUGGAGAGCCUGGCAGCUCUGCAGAACAUGAAGGUGGAGGGCGUUGACAAGAUUUACACUCGCUACAAGACCAUUGUCUCCACGACAAAGUCCAGGACCUAUGACAUCCUGGAUCACCGCAAGCUGGAGUUUGAAAGCGACUACACGGACUUCCAGCUCCAGGUUCAGGGUUUGUAUGAGUCGCUCCAGUCUCUGCUGGACUUUUGGUUCCAACAGCCUCUCACGACGGAGCGGAUGCUGGAGCUGCUGGCCGUGUUUGAGUCCGGUCCCACCGCUGCUCUGGACCUGAAGAAGCACUACCUGCUGCUGCUUCAGCGCUACAGCAAAGAGCUGGAGGUGCUGAGGAAGACCUACCAGAGACAGAGGGAGAGUCCACCUCUGGGACGCAACCUGCCCCCGGUAGCGGGCAGGAUCCUGUGGUGUCGUCAGCUUUUCAGGAAGAUUGAAGCUCCCAUGUUGAUCCUGAAGAAGAAGCUUGACAUCCUCAAAGGACCCGAGAUGACCAAAGUGAUCCGGAGCUACAACAAGUUGGCCGUGGCGUUGCUGCAGUAUGAGCUGCUCCACCUGCAGGGGUGGAGUCAGGCUGCAGAGGGCGCACCGCACCGCCUGAGCACCGCCCUGCUGGUCCGACAUGAGAACAGCAAGCAGGUCUUUGUGAACCUGGACCCCGGGGUGCUGGAGGUGCUGCAGGAGGCCCGCUGGAUGACCAAACUUGGUCAUCCUGUCCCAAAGGUCGUCAUAAAAAUGAGCUCCAGAGAAGCACAGAUCAAAACUCUGUACAAGAAGCUGCUGGACUUGCUCCAGGACUACAGCUCUGUGGUUUCCAAGAUACCGCCGUCCCUCCUCCCUCUGAUGCAGCCCUUCAUCGGCCGGGUGGAGGCAUGUCUCUCUCCUGGACUCACCACAUUGUCCUGGACCGCUCUGAAUACGGACUCCUUCAUACAGGGGGUGUAUGUGGCUCUAAAGGAUCUGGAUCAGGUGUCCAAAGUCACCUCAGACCUGUUGGAGUGUCGGAUCGGUCGGCUGCUGGAGGCCAUGUCGUCCUGCUGUCUGCUGGUCCUGCCUGAAGACUCGCCUGUCUCGCCUCAGGACCUCCUGCUGCAGACAGACGGCUCAGUGCAAGCUGCUGCUGCCACCCUGAGCUGGCAGAGUCAGCAGGUGGAGAGGUACGUCUUUGAGCUGAUCCAUGAGCUGAAGGGGAAGAUGAAGACGACAGAGACGCUGAAUGUUGAGGGAUCUUUCCAGUGCCUCCAUCCAGACUCCAAACAGAAGACUCGCUGUCAGUCGUGUCUUCCUUGUCGCUUCUACAACCUGAUUGGUCAGAUCUGUCACCGCAAUACCGAAGCCCUGGUCAAAGCCUCCAUGCAGCUCGCCAUCCCCAACAUCGUCCUCAGACCGAGCCUGGACGACAUCCAGUACAAACAGCAGCAGGUGGAACAGGCGGCAGUCCGGGACGCCGGAGACGACGUCCCAGUGAAGCCGCCUGUGCUGAGGACUCUGGAGCGACAGCUGGGCGAACACAAAGACAUCACCAAGUGUGUGAUGCAGCUCGGCUCCAUUGUGUCGUCUCUGAGAGCUCAGGCUGCAGACACUCUGAAUCAACUCUCCCACUUCUCUGCUCUGUGGAACCAGGACCCAGAGGAGCAGGUUCAGGCCUUCCUGCAGUCUGACCCCUCACUCACUGAGUUCAGCUCUCAGAUCUCCUUCUACUCUAAGUUGGAGGUGCAGAUUUCGGAGCUCCCCGCGUGUUUUACGCUGGGUUCAGUUCUCUUUGACACCGACCAGCUGAAACUGGCGCUCACUCAGGAGUGUCGGCUGUGGAAACGAGCCUUUGGCUCCGCGCUCCACCGCCGGGCAUCCGCCGCCAUGGACGACAUCUUCUCAUUUUUGGACACACUGAUGAAGCGACUGCAGCGUCCAAUCACAGACCUGGAGGAUGUCAGAGGAGCCAUGGCGGCACUCCGAGAGAUUCGGGAGGAGGAAGUUCGGGUCGAUGCCACCAUCAGUCCGGUGGAGGAAUCCUUCGCUCUGCUCAACAAACACGAGCUGCUCUUCAGUGACGGUAACGCUGAGCGCGUGGACAGCCUGACGUACGCCUGGAAAAACCUGAACAUGCUGGUGGAUCAGAACCAGAACACUCUUGUGAGGAUCCAGCCCAGCAUGAAGGCAGACCUGCUGUCGGCAGUGCAGAGCUUUCAGAUCCGCGUUCAGAGCUUCUGCAGUGAAUAUAACCACAGGGGUCCUGGGAUGGAGGGCGUGGCUCCAGCUGAAGCCAGCGAGCGGCUGCAGAGUUUCCAGGCUGAGUUCGAUCAGCUGUGGAGGAAUUACACCACCUACAGCGGAGGGGAGGAGCUGUUCGGACUGCCUGUUAACGAGUACCCGGAGCUGCAGAGGAUCAAGAGGGAGCUCUCUCUGCUGUCCAAACUCUACUCUCUGUAUAACUCCGUCAUCGUCAGCGUGACUGGAUACCAAGACAUCCUGUGGGCGGAGCUUAACAUUGAGAAGAUCAACACUGAGCUGCAGGACUUCCAGAACAGGAUCCGGAAGCUCCCAAAGGGGUUGAAGGAGUGGCAGGCUUUCAGAGAUCUAAAGAGAACCAUUGAUGACUUCACUGAGAGCUGCCCGCUGCUCUCCAUGAUGGCCAACAAGGCCAUGCUGCCCCGACACUGGACUCGCCUCAGUGAGCUGACGGGUCACAGCUUCCAGGUGGAGUCGGAGAGUUUCGCCCUCAGAAACAUCAUGGAGGCUCCGCUGCUGAGAUACAAAGAGGAUAUGGAGGAUGUGUGUAUCAGCGCGGUGAAGGAGCGGGACAUUGAGGCCAAGCUGAAGGACGUGGUGGCCGAGUGGAGCAGCCACACGCUCACCUUCGCCCCCUUCAGGACCAGAGGAGAACUGCUGCUGAGAGGAGCCGACACGGCGGAGAAAAUCUCCAUGAUGGAGGACAGCCUGAUGGUUCUGACGUCACUGCUGAGCAACAGGUACAACGCUCCCUUCAAACCGUCCAUCCAGCUGUGGGUUCAGAAACUCUCCAACACCUCCGAGAUCAUCGAGAAGUGGCUGUCAGUUCAGAACCUCUGGAUCUACCUGGAGGCGGUGUUUGUGGGCGGAGACAUCGCCAAGCAGCUACCUCAGGAGGCCAAACGUUUCCAGAACAUCGACAAGUCGUGGCAGCGGAUCAUGCAGCGAGCACACGAGCUCCCCAACGUGGUGCAGUGCUGCGUGGGAGACGAGACGCUCAGCCAGUUGCUCCCUCACCUGCUGGAGCAGCUGGAGCUCUGUCAGAAGUCUCUGUCGGGUUACCUGGAGAAAAAGCGUCUGGUGUUUCCUCGCUUCUUCUUCGUGUCUGACCCCGCCCUGCUGGAGAUUCUGGGCCAAGCCUCUGACUCACACACUAUACAGGUUCAUCUCCUCAGCCUGUUCGACAACGUCAACAGAGUUGUGUUCAAUGAGAAGAUCUACGACCAGAUCGUCAGUUUCCAGUCUCAAGAAGGAGAGACUGUGGAGCUGAGCCAACCGGUCCAGGCACAGGGGAACGUGGAGGAGUGGUUAGGACAGCUGCUGUUUGGCGUGAGACAGACCCUCCACGCGAUCAUUCGUCAGGCCUACCUGGCCAUCAGUGACCCGGGUCUGAAGCUGCUGGAGUUCCAGUCUGCGUUUCCCGCUCAGGUCGGCCUGCUGGGGAUCCAGAUGAUCUGGACCAAAGACGCAGAGGACGCUCUCGUCCUCAGCAAGUCGGACAAGAAGAUCAUGCAGACGACCAAUCAGAAGUUCCUGGAUAUCCUCAAUGAGUUGAUCGACAUGACGACCAAGGAGCUGAGCAGGAACGAGAGGACUAAAUAUGAGACACUGAUCACCAUCCACGUCCACCAGAGGGACAUCUUUGACGAGCUGGUGCGUCUGAACGUGCGCUCGGCGUCAGACUUUGAGUGGCAGAAACAGUCCAGGUUCUACUUCCUGGAGGAGACGGACAGGUGUGUCAUCCAGAUCACAGACGUUGAGUUCAGCUACUGCAACGAAUACCUGGGCUGUACGGACAGACUGGUCAUCACCCCGCUGACGGACAGGUGUUACAUCACUCUGUCACAGGCUCUGGGCAUGAGUAUGGGCGGAGCUCCGGCCGGUCCAGCAGGAACAGGUAAAACAGAGACCACUAAAGACAUGGGUCGCUGCCUGGGGAAGUAUGUGGUGGUUUUCAACUGCUCGGACCAGAUGGACUACCGAGGACUGGGACGUAUCUACAAAGGUCUGGCGCAGUCCGGAGCCUGGGGCUGCUUUGAUGAGUUUAACCGCAUUGAACUGCCGGUUCUGUCGGUCGCCGCCCAGCAGAUCUACAUCGUCCUGCAGUGUAAGAAGAACAAGAAGAAACAGUUUGUCUUCACCGACGGGGACGUGGUCAACAUGGACCCUGAGUUUGGCAUCUUCCUCACCAUGAACCCGGGCUACGCAGGUCGCCAGGAGCUGCCCGAGAACCUGAAGAUUCAGUUUAGAACUGUCGCCAUGAUGGUGCCGGAUCGGGCGAUCAUCAUGAGGGUCAAACUGGCCAGUGCUGGUUUUCGUGACAACCAGGUGCUCAGCAGGAAGUUCUACACCCUCUACAAGCUGUGUGAAGAGCAGCUGUCCAAACAGGUCCACUAUGAUUUCGGACUGAGGAACAUCUUGUCUGUUUUGAGGACGCUGGGAGCUGUGAAGAGAUCCAACCCAUCAGAACCAGAGAAGACGGUGGUGAUGAGGGUCCUGAGAGACAUGAACCUCUCCAAACUGGUCGAUGAGGACGAGCCUCUGUUCAUGAGUCUGAUCAACGAUCUCUUCCCUGGUAUCGUUCUGGAUAAAGCUGGGUACCCGGAUCUGGAGUCGUCCAUCUGCAGUCAGGCUCAACAGGCCGGUCUGAUCCCUCAUCCUCCCUGGAUCCUGAAACUGGUUCAGCUCUAUGAGACGCAGAGAGUCCGACACGGUAUGAUGACGCUGGGUCCCAGCGGCGCCGGAAAGACGACCUGCAUCCACACGCUGAUGAAGGCCAUGACGGAGUGCGGCUCCCCGCACCGCGAGAUGAGGAUGAACCCUAAAGCGAUCACGGCCUCGCAGAUGUUCGGCACGCUGGACGUCACCACCAACGACUGGACGGACGGCAUCUUUUCUACUCUGUGGAGGAAGACGCUCAAAGCCAAGAAGGGGGAAUUUAUCUGGAUCGUGCUGGAUGGGCCGGUUGACGCCAUCUGGAUCGAGAACCUGAACUCAGUCCUGGAUGACAACAAAACUCUGACGCUAGCAAACGGAGACCGCAUCCCCAUGUCUCCCUGCUGCAAGGUCGUGUUUGAGCCGCACAACAUCGACAACGCCUCCCCGGCCACGGUGUCCAGGAACGGGAUGGUGUUCAUGAGCUCGUCGGUGCUCGGCUGGAGCCCCAUCCUGCAGGCCUGGUUACAGACGCUGCCUGAACCUCAGGCGGACACCCUGAAACUCUGCUUCAACUGCUGCUACCAGGACUUGGUGGACUUUGUCUUCACGGCGGUGUCUCCAAAGAUGCCGGUGCUGGAGUGUAUGUACAUCAGACAGACGAUUGACCUGCUGCAGGGUUUGCUUCCUGCAGCAGAGGAGAAACCGGGCUGCCACGGUGACGUGGGUCGUCUGUUCGUGUUCGCCGUGAUGUGGUCUCUGGGAGCGCUGCUGGAGCUGGAAGAUAGAUCCAAGAUGGAGGCUUUCCUGAAGAGCUCCGGCUCGUCUUUGGACCUGCCCCACACUCAGGACGACCAGACCAUCUUUGAGUUCACCGUGGACGAGCAGGGGCGGUGGGAGCACUGGUCCAACAAGGUCCCGGACUACGUCUACCCCAAGGACCACGUCCCAGACUACUCGUCCAUCCUGGUUCCCAAUGUGGACAACGUGAGGACGGACUUCCUGAUGCAGACCAUCGUGAAGCAGAGGAAGGCCGUGCUGCUGAUCGGGGAGCAGGGAACCGCCAAAACUGUCAUGAUCAAAGGUUACACCAGUAAGCUGGACCCGGAGCUGCACCUCAGCAAGACGCUGAACUUCUCGUCGGCCACGCUGCCCAGCAUGUUCCAGAGAACCAUCGAGAGCUACAUCGACAAACGAAUGGGCGCCACCUACGGGCCGCCGGGAGGGCGCAGGAUGACUGUUUUCAUCGAUGACAUCAACAUGCCCGUCAUCAACGAAUGGGGAGACCAGAUAACCAAUGAGAUUGUGCGUCAGCUGAUGGAGCAGGGAGGUUUCUACAGUCUGGAUCGUCCAGGAGAGUUCGUCACGGUGGUGGAUGUUCAGCUGGUGGCGGCCAUGAUCCACCCAGGCGGCGGCCGGAAUGACAUCCCCCAGCGCCUGAAGAGGCAGUUCUCCAUCUUUAACUGCACGCUGCCCUCCAACUCCUCCAUCGAUAAGAUCUUCAGCACCGUGGCUCAGGGUUACUUCUGCCCAGAGAGAGGCUUCCCCGACGCCGUCUGCCAGCACGCCGCCGCCAUCGUACCCACCACCAGACGAGUGUGGCAGGCCGUGAAGGCCAAGAUGUUACCGUCUCCUGCAAAGUUUCACUACAUCUUCAACCUGAGGGACCUCAGCAGGAUCUGGCAGGGGAUCCUCACAGUGACGUCCGACGUGUGUCAGAGCUCCGAGCUGCUCACGGCUCUCUUCCAUCACGAAUGCUGCAGAGUGAUCGCCGACAGAUUCAUCGACAGCAGCGACCGACAAACCUUCAGCGGCAUCGUGGAGAAGAUCACAGCAGAGGAUCAUGGGAAAGCAGUGACUGAGCAUGCUCAGUGGGACAGCUGCUUCGUGGACUUCCUGCGUGAAGCUCCAGAGGCGACGGGGGACGAACCCGAAGAAGCCGAACUGGAAACUCCAAAGGUCUAUGAGCCAAUCCCAUCGCUGGACUCUCUGGCGGAGCGACUCUCUGUCUUCCAGCUGCAGUACAAUGAGACGAUGAGGGGCGGGGCCAUGGACCUGGUCUUCUUCAAGGAUGCAAUGACCCAUCUGAUGCGGAUCUCUCGGAUCCUGCGCACGCCGCAGGGGAACGCCUUGCUGGUCGGGGUCGGGGGGUCGGGGAAGCAGAGUCUGACGAGGCUGGCAUCGUUCAUCGCCGGAUACCAAACCUUCCAGAUCACACUGACCAGGUCUUACAGCAGCAGUAACCUGUUGGAGGAUCUGAAGGCUCUGUAUCGAAUCGCCGGUCAGCAGGGACGAGGAGUCACGUUCCUUUUCACCGACAACGACAUUAAAGACGAAGCUUUCCUCGAGUACAUGAACAACGUUCUGGCGAGCGGAGAAGUUUCCAACCUGUUUGCCCGUGACGAGCUCGAUGACAUCACUCAGGAUCUGAUUCCCGUCAUGAAGCGACAGCACCCUCGCCGACCUCCGACCUCCGAGAACCUGUACGACUUCUUCCUGUCCCGAGUGCGAAGCAACCUCCACGUGGUCCUCUGCUUCUCGCCCGUCGGGGAGAAGUUUCGUACCCGGGCGUUGAAGUUCCCGGGCCUGAUUUCGGGCUGCACAGUGGACUGGUUCCAGCGCUGGCCUCGAGACGCCCUGGUCGCCGUAUCGCAUCAUUUCCUGUCUCAUUACCAGGACCUCCGCUGCUCAGAGGACGUAAAGCAGAGUGUGGUGGACACCAUGGGAACCUUUCAGGACCUGGUGGCGGAGAAAUGCGCCGAAUACUUCGAGCGGUUCCGUCGCCAAACGUUCGUGACGCCAAAGUCCUACCUGUCCUUCAUCGACAGCUACAAGAUCAUCUACGCCCAGAAGAUCGCCCACGUCGGCACGCUGGCGGAGCGCAUGCAGACGGGUCUGUGUAAGCUGAUGGAGGCGGAGCAGUCGGUGUCUCAGCUCUCUGAGGAGCUGCUGGUGAAGGAGCAGGAGCUCGCCGUCGCCUCCCAGAGGGCGGAGGGAGUCCUGCAGGAGGUCACGGCCAAAGCUCAGGCUGCUGAGAAGGUGAAGCAGCAGGUGCAGAAGGUGAAGGAUAAAGCUCAGCUCAUUGUCGACGAGAUUGAAGCGGAUAAAUCGGCAGCAGAGACCAAACUGGAGGCUGCAAAACCUGCACUGGAGGCUGCUGAGGCCGCACUGCAGACGAUCAAACCGGCGGACAUCGCCACCGUGAGGAAGCUGCAGAAGCCUCCUCACCUCAUCAUGAGGAUCAUGGACGCCGUGCUGCUGCUGUUCCAGAGGAAGAUCGAUCCCGUGACCGCUGACCCUGAACGGCCUUGUCCUCGACCGUCCUGGGCGGAGGCGAUGAAGCUGAUGCAGAACUCCGGCUUCCUCAGCAUGCUGCUCAACUUCAGCAAGGACUCCAUCACAGAGGAGGUGGUGGAGCUGAUGUCUCCGUACCUGCAAAUGGACGACUACAACCUUGAGUCCGCCAAGAGGAUCUGCGGCAACGUGGCGGGACUCUGCUCCUGGACUCAGGCCAUGGCCGACUUCUUCUCCAUCAACAAGGAGGUGCUGCCGCUGAAGGCUAACCUGGCCCUGCAGGAGGUCCGGCUCGUGGUCGCUCAGACCGAACUGGCUCAAGCUCAGGAGCAGCUGGACGCCAAGCAGCAGGAGCUGGACGCCGUGCAGGCGCUCUAUGACGCCGCCAUGAAGGAGAAGCAGGACCUCGAGGACGACGCACAGGCCUGCCGCCGCAAGAUGGCCAACGCCAAGGCUCUGAUCGACGGGCUGGGAGGAGAGAAGGUUCGUUGGACCGACAGCAGCGCCGGCUUUCAGACCCAGAUUUCACACCUGGUGGGGGACGUCCUGCUGUCCGCGGGUUUCCUCUCCUACGCCGGACCCUUUAACCAGGAGUACAGGAGCCUGCUGCUGGAGCUGUGGAAGAGAGAGAUGGAGGAGAAGAGGAUCCCCUUCAGUCCUGACCUGAACGUGAUCGGCCUGCUGGUGGACAACGCCACGGUGAGCGAGUGGAACCUGCAGGGUCUACCCAGCGACGACCUCUCCAUCCAGAACGGCAUCGUGGUGACGAAGGCGGCCCGCUACCCGCUGCUGAUAGACCCCCAGGGUCAGGGCAAGACCUGGAUCCAGAACAGAGAGCGAGAUCAGCAACUCCAGGUGACGUCUCUGAACCAUAAAUAUUUCCGCUCACACCUGGAGGACGGUCUGUCUCUGGGGCGCCCCCUGCUGCUGGAAGAUGUGGGGGAGGAGCUGGACCCUGUCCUGGACAACAUCCUGGACAAGAACUACAUCAAGUCUGGAUCGACUUAUAAAGUGAAGGUGGGAGAUAAGGAGGUGGAUGUGAUGAAGGGCUUCACCCUCUACAUCACCACCAAACUGGCCAACCCUGCGUACAGCCCCGAGGUCAGCGCCAGGACGGCCGUGGUGGACUUCACCGUGACUCAGCGCGGCCUGGAGGACCAGCUGCUGGGCCGGGUCAUCCUGCUGGAGAAACAGGAGCUGGAGGCGGAGCGGGUGCAGCUCCUCGAGGAGGUGACCUCCAACAAGAGGAAGAUGCAGGAGCUGGAGGACAGUCUGCUGUUCAGGCUGACCAGCACACAGGGCUCUCUGGUGGAGGACGAGUCUCUGAUCCAGGUCCUGAGGGUCACCAAGACCACCGCCCAGGAGGUGAGUGAGAAACUGUCGAUUGCCGCAGAGACGGAGAUAAAGAUCAACCAUGCUCGGGAGGAGUACCGUCCGGUGGCCACCAGGGGGAGCAUCCUCUACUUCCUGAUCGUGGAGAUGUCUCUGGUGAACAUCAUGUACCAGACGUCUCUGCGGCAGUUCCUGGGGCUCUUCGACUCGUCCAUGCAACGCUCGGCUAAGUCUCAGGUCACCUCCAAACGCAUCGGCAACAUCAUCAACUUCCUCACGUACCAGGUGUUCUGUUACACGGCCAGGAGUCUGUACGAGGAACACAAGCUGCUGUUCACUCUGCUGCUGGCUCUGAAGAUCGACCUGCAGGCCGGGAACAUCUCGCACCCCGAGGUGCUCACCUUCGUCAAAGGUGGAGCCUCACUAGACCUGAACUCUGUCGAGUCCAAACCAAGGCGCUGGAUCCUGGAUCAGACCUGGCUCAACCUGGUGCAGCUGUCCAGCCUCCCGCCGUUCAACCAGAUCCUGACCCAGGUGAGUCAGAGCGAGCGCGCCUGGAGGACCUGGUUUGACCAUCCGGCGCCAGAGGACGCCCCGCUGCCUGAUGGGUACCAGGAGAAGCUCGACACCUUCCGGAAGCUCCUGCUCAUCCGGAGCUGGUGUCCUGACCGGACCACUGCUCAGGCGCGUCACUACAUCUCAGAGUCCCUGGGUCCGCAGUACGCUGAAGGUCUGGUUCUGGACCUGGACGCCAUGUUGGCCGAGAGUGACAGCAGGACUCCCAUGGUGUGUCUGCUGUCGAUGGGAUCCGACCCGACGGAAAACAUCGAGAGACUCGCCAAGACCAAGGGGGCGCCAUGUCGUCCCAUCUCCAUGGGGCAGGGCCAAGAGGUCCAUGCUCGCAGGCUGUUGGCCAACAGCAUGACGGACGGCGGCUGGCUCCUCCUCCAGAACUGCCAUCUGGGACUGGACUUCCUGGACGAGCUGCUGGAGACGGUCACCACGGCGACACCGGAGAACGUGCACAAAGGUUUCAGGGUGUGGCUGACGACCGACGUGCAUCCCAGAUUCCCGAUCACCUUCCUUCAGUCCUCCAUCAAGUUCACCAAUGAGCCUCCUCUGGGGAUGAAGGCUGGCCUAAAGAGGACCUUUAAUGGCGUCACUCAGGAUCAGUUAGAGAUCAGUAACCUGCCUCAGUGGAAGCCUCUGCUGUUCGCUGUGGCCUUCCUCCACACCACCGUGCAGGAGCGUCGUAAGUUCGGCCCCCUCGGCUGGAACAUCCCCUACGAGUUCAACCAGGCAGACUUCACCUCCAGCAUGCAGUUUGUGCAGAACCACCUGGAUGAGCUGGACUCCAAGAGAGGGGUCAACUGGAGCUGCCUGCGCUACAUGCUGGGUGAGGUCCAGUACGGCGGCCGGGUGACGGACGACUUGGACAAACAUCUCCUCAACACCUUCACCCGUGUGUGGUUCAGCGAGAACACCUUCAGCGACAGGUUCUGCUUCUAUAACGGCUACAGCAUCCCCAGCAAGGCCAAGACGGUGCAGGACGUCCUUCAACACAUCGAGGCGCUGCCGCUGGUCGACUCCCCCGAGGUUUUUGGGCUCCACCCCAACGCUGACAUCACCUACCAGACCAACCUGGCCAAUGAGACGCUCAGCACCAUCAUCAGCAUCCAACCGAAGGACAGCGGGGGCGGGGCCGGGGAGACCAGAGAGGCGAGCGUGCAGAGAUUGGCCAGUGAGAUGUUGGAGAAGCUUCCACCUGACUACGUGCCGCAUGAGGUCAAAGGUCAGCUGCAGAAGAUGGGUCCUCUCCAGCCAAUGAACAUCUUCCUGCGACAGGAGGUGGACCGCAUGCAGCGAGUCAUCAGCAGCGUACGGAGCACGCUCACCGACCUCAGACUGGCCAUCGACGGCACCAUCAUCAUGUCAGAGGACCUGCGUGACGCCCUCGACUGCAUGUUCGACGCUCGCAUCCCUCGCCUGUGGCUGCGGCUCAGCUGGCCGUCGGCCACGUUGGGAUUCUGGUUCAGCGAGCUGCUGGAGAGGAACCAGCAGCUCAGCACCUGGAUCAGCACCGGCCGGCCAAACCAGUUCUGGAUCACCGGCUUCUUUAACCCGCAGGGUUUUCUGACCGCCAUGCGCCAGGAGACGACGCGCUCCAACGUGUCCAGAGGCUGGGCUUUGGAUACCGUAACUCUGAGUAACGAUGUCACCAAGAUGAUGAGGGAGGAUGUGUCAGCUCCACCCCCAGAGGAUGUGGGCGGAGUCUACAUCUACGGCCUCUUUCUGGACGGGGCAGGAUGGGACCGACGCAGCGCCAAACUCACUGAGAGCCCGCCCAAGGUCCUCUUCAGCCCGCUCCCUGUCGUUCACGUCUACGCCAUCAGCUCAGCCAACAUGGCCGACAAUAAGCGGCAGCCCGGAGGUGGCGGUGGCGCGGGGCCGGUCAGCCUGUACUCGUGUCCGGUCUAUAAGAAACCGCGCCGCACCGACCUGAACUUCAUCUUCUCUCUGCAGCUGAGGAGCGUGCAGCCGGCGGAGCACUGGACGCUGCGAGGAGCCGCUCUGCUCUGUGACUGCAAGUGAUCAUGUGACCAUGGUUAGCUUUAUGGUUAUUGUUAGCAUCUCAACAACCAACAAAGUACAUUUAUUCCUUAGCUUAGCUCUCUUAAAAACAAAGUGCAUAUUUAAUUAUCUUUAAGAUUUAAUUUAAAUGAUUUUGCAGAGAAGCUGAAUUUCACUUUAAAGCGCCUGUGAGGAGUUUUCUUUUUAUGACAAACACAAACAAGUGGGAGGAGUCAGAGGGGAUCAUUUACAACUCAGUCUUUUUUUAUAUUUGAUAAUUUAAUUAAGACUUCAAUGUCAGAAAACGCAUUUUAGCACAAAAUCUGCAAAGAUGGAAGAGGUAUCACGUUGUCCACAGGGGGGCGCCAAAACCGACAGACAGAAAGUUCCUCACAGGAGCUUUAAUGAGCUGAAGUUUGGGUUCAGAAUCAGAAAUAAAACUGUGAUGAUACAGCAGAUAAAAUAUUUCAACAUCCUCUAAAAUGAAUUCUUAUGUUUUCUAAAAGGUUUAAGGUACAAAAAGAAAGUCAGGUGAUUUGUGUGAUUUAUAGGCUUUUAUUUUGAAAUGUGCAAGUUAAACUUCUUCCAGAAAUCAGCUGAAACUUAUCACCUGAAUGUUGGUCUUUUAUUUGAUUCGGUUUCUUUUCAGAGGAUUUAAGUUACGAUCUCUUUACAAGAAUCGGGGACUCUUCCUCCAAAUAGCUUCACUUUCAACAAGGCUUUUUGGCCUUCUGGUUUGGUUCAAAACAGCGUCUCCUUUCCAUACUUUGUCCACUAGGGGGCACUAAACAGCUCUCACAAACACUUUUCUCCAGGACUUAAAAGACUCAAGUAACUCCUUAGGUGGGUCCAGUCCUCAGGUGGGUUUUUUUCUGUAAGUCCCACCCUUUUUCUCAGAAUUCUGACGUUGAGAUC